AUGGUAGACCGACUAAAAUGCCUUAUCUGGUAUUCUAUUGAUAAUCAGCAGUAUAAAAAUGCCAUCUUUUACGCAGAAAGGUUGUAUGCCGUUGAAGAUUCAGGCGAAAGUUUACACCUUUUGGCAUAUUCGCAUCUUCUUAACCUUGAUUACAACAUUGCUUUUGAUUUAUUAAAUCGUAAUGUUAAGCACAUUCCCUGUGUAUUUGUCUUUGCAAAAGUGUGUUUAAUUUUAGGUCGUUACAAACAAGGCAUCACUUCUAUAGAAACCUGUCGCCCGCAGUGGAAAUCUAUAUUGCCAAACUUAAAUGAUACCAAUGCUAAUCGAGGUCGCCCGGACGCCUCGAGCAUGCUUGAUGUCUUGGGCUUAAUGUACAAAAAGGCGGGUUAUAUAAAAAAAGCAACAGAAUGCUUUGUAGAAUCCAUUUCCAUAAAUCCAUACAAUUUUACUUGUUUUCAAAAUUUAAUCGCAAUUGGAGUCCCUCUUGAUGUGGAUAACAUUUUUAUUCUACCCCCAUAUUUGAAUGCCCCAAAACUUUCAGAAAAAUUCCAAUUUAAUCCUCCUUUGGCUGGUCCUGAUACCUAUUCUCUAAAACGUGGAAAAAAACCUUUCCCAUCACUAACGAAGCAAACAACUUCCGAGUUCCCAGUCAACCCUUCCUCCAGUUCUUCCAUGUCGGCUUUUACGAAUUGGUUUGACCGAGUUGAUCCUAACACUAAUGACGCGGAAGAGGAAGGAAUAAAAGAGGAAGCAAAAUUAAACCCAAGUUCAGCUUCCUAUACCGAUUCCUUAAAACCGUCUACGAGUUCGUCUUCUGUGCGAAAAGACAUUCUCUCUAAAAAUGAGGUUGCAAGUGCAAAGCUAUCAACAUACAAAACCGGUGCGCGCUUUGCAGCCAAGUUACGCGAAGCUAGCAACAAACGAAAUGAGGGAGAGCUACCUUUAAAUUAUAAGGAUGAAGAUUUCAAUUUGUUAGAGCUACUAAAAAUCUUUGCAAAAGGUUGCUAUUUUCUAGCUUGUUAUCAGUUAAAGGAAGCAUUGUCUUACUUUUUAAGUUUAUCACGGGAGCAUAGGAUGACACCGUUUGUACUUUCGAAAAUAGGAGUCACAUACUUUGAAAUGGUCAAUUACGAAAAAGCUGAAGAAGUAUUUCAGAAGCUUCGUGAUUUACGCCCAUCACAAGUAAUAGAUAUGGAAAUAUAUUCUACAGCUCUUUGGCACUUACAAAAAUCCGUUCCUUUGUCUUAUUUAGCUCAUGAAAUGUUGGAGACCAAUCCAUACUCACCAGAGGCGUGGUGUAUAUUAGCCAAUUGCUUCUCUUUGCAAAGGGAGCACUCACAGGCACUUAAAUGUAUAAAUAGAGGAUUACAGUUAGAUCCUACCUUUGAAUAUGCAUACACGCUUCAGGGUCACGAACAUUCCGCUAAUGAGGAGUAUGAAAAGUCGAAAACUUCGUUUAGAAAAGCGAUACGUAUCAAUGCCCGACAUUAUAAUGCUUGGUAUGGUUUAGGAAUGGUCUAUUUGAAAACAGGAAGAAAUGAUCAGGCCGACUUUCACUUUCAACGUGCAGCCGAGAUUAAUCCCAACAAUUCCGUUUUAAUAAGUUGCAUUGGUAUGAUCUUCGAGAGAUGUAAAGAUUUUGAAAAAGCUUUAGAAUUUUACUGCAAGGCCUGUGAGUUAGAUGAAAAAUCCUCGCUCGCACGUUUCAAAAAGGCAAAAGUUUUGAUUUUAUUGCACAAUUAUGAUAGAGCAUUAACCGAGCUGGAACGAUUAAAAUCCAUUGCACCAGACGAAGCUAACGUUCAUUUUAUGCUGGGAAAAAUAUACAAACAAAGAGGACAAAAGAAUAUGGCGAUGCGGCAUUUGACAAUUGCAUGGAAUUUGGAUGGAAAAGCCAAUCACAUAAUAAAAGAAUCCAUUGAAAAUCUGGACAUCUUAGAAGAAAACUUACUCACUGAAACGGGUGAAAUUUACAAGAAUUAUGACAAUUAG